GAGUUCUUUUUCAUUGACGUGAACUGAAUUUCAACAAGCCUUAGAAAAUAUUCCUUAAGAGCAUCAAGUGGAUUUUGAUUUGUGAAGUUGUUUCGAGCGGUACUUGUUCGGUAAUAAAACAGCUGAUAUUUAAGAACACUUCGUUGUUGAUGGCAGGUUUCUUGACAUUUUUUAACGUUCAUUUGUGACAGCCGAGGUAUCGUUAGCCGGCGCUGUUAGCCAUUGUCAACAUGGCUGAAGAGGGAGAGUUUACAGACAUAAACGGACAGCCGAUUUCGGUGGACUGCCAAAACUACACUCCCUUCUGCAGAGAGUUUACUGUCAGCUCUCCGAAGGUGUCUUUACGCAAGGUGAUGGUGUACACCUGCUCCGUGUGGUUAGUCGCCUAUGCCGUGUUUUUUGUUACAGAGAACACCACUGUCCUGUCUAGUGCCAUCAUCGUGACGUUGGCUGGGAUGAUGCUGCACAUCCACUUUGUGAAAGUGGACCAAGAAACCCUUCUCAUAAUCGGCUCUCUGGGUGUCCAGCUGUCUUCUUUCUAUGCCUCGGGAAGGGAGAGCACAACAUUCAUUGAAAUGAACAAGAUCAAAGACAUUGUUAUUAAUGAAGCAAUUUAUAUGCAUAGUAUCAUAUACUACCUCUGCAUUCUGAUAAAAGACUCAUCAGAGCCGGAUGGAGUCGCCAGUGUCGUCCCUCUUUUCCAGAGUUCAAAGCCAAGACUCAGUUGUCUGGUUCACGUGUACAAAAGCUGUCAGGAGAUAAUUGCACAGAGCCGGUGACAUAAAGUAUUUUCUCCUCAGUUGUCUAUAGUGAAACUGCUUCACUGCAGUCUAGAAACUCAUUGAGAACAGUAUCCUGAAUCACUGCGUCCUUGUGUAAUAUCCCCACCGUGCAAUCUGGAAUUGCUUUCCCUGUGAUUUCUUCUAAUAUUAAAAAAAAAAAAGUUUGGCCUUUUCUGACAGCUGACAUAAAGUGAUCAACAACAGCAACAACAAUAAUAAUAAUAAUAGUAAUAAUAAUAAUAAUGAAGAAAAAUGAUAAUUUAACAAAUUUCAGAUAAAUUGACAAAGUACUUGAUUUAUUAGUAAUGAGUAGAUAAUUACAAACUGAAUCAUUUUUUAUUUGUUUGUUUGUAUGGUUGGUUGUUUUUAUAGGGAAAAAUGAUGUGUAGUAACAUUUUACAUGUAUCCACCGAUUUAUUAAAAUCACUGUUGUACAUGCAUUUUUCAAACAAAUCUGUAAAUAAAAUUAGUUUUUUAUUGCUGUCGA